AGGGGCGGCGGGGGGCAGGGCGUGGGCAGGUGAGGGCAGUGCCCGAGUGGGUUCCCUGGGGCCAUGGCCUGCUCCAUUGUCCAGUUCUGCUACUUCCAGGACCUCCAGGCCGCCCGGGACUUCCUCUUCCCUCACCUGCGGGAGGAGACCCCCAGCGGCGCCGUAUGGAGGGACCCCAGUAAAUCAACAAACUGGGAAGAUGAUGGUUGGGGAGCAUGGGAAGAAACGGAACCCCAAGAACCUGAAGAAGAAGGAAAUACUUGGAAGACACAGAAAACCUCCUGGCUUCAAGAUUGUGUUUUAUCCUUAUCUCCAACUAAUGAUCUGAUGGUUAUAGCUCGGGAGCAAAAAGCUGUAUUUCUAGUGCCAAAAUGGAAAUACAGUGAUAAAGGAAAGGAAGAAAUGCAAUUUGCUGUUGGCUGGAGUGGUUUUUUAAAUGUUGAAGAAGGGGAAUGUGUAACCAGUGCUCUGUGUAUCCCACUAGCAAGCCAAAAGAGGAGUUCCACUGGACGUCCUGACUGGACCUGCAUUGUGGUGGGCUUUACUUCAGGCUACGUGCGCUUCUACACAGAGAGCGGUGUGCUCUUGCUUGCACAACUUUUGAAUGAGGACCCAGUGCUGCAGCUUAAAUGCAGGACCUAUGAAAUCCCACGACAUCCUGGUGUGACUGAGCAGAAUGAAGAGUUGAGUAUCUUGUAUCCAGCUGCCAUUGUGACUAUUGAUGGAUUCAGCCUUUUUCAAUCUCUUCGUGCUUGUCGAAAUCAGGUAGCAAAAGCUGCAGCAUCAGGCAAUGAGAACAUACAACCACCACCAUUAGCGUAUAAGAAAUGGGGUCUACAAGAUAUUGACACUAUUAUUGAUCAUGCUAGCAUUGGUAUUAUGACUCUGUGCCCUUUCGAUCAAAUGAAGACUGCCUCCAAUAUAGGUGGGUUUAAUGCAGCAGUGAAAACCAGCCCACCCGCCAUGUCCCAGUAUAUCACUGUGGGGUCCAGUCCCUUUACUGGCUUCUUCUAUGCUUUGGAGGGAAGCACACAGCCAUUGUUAUCUCAUGUUGCACUAGCCGUUGCAAGUAAACUCACUUCGGCUUUAUUUAAUGCUGCCAGUGGUUGGCUUGGUUGGAAAAGUAAGCAUGAAGAAGAAACUGUCCAAAAGCAAAAGCCGAAGGUGGAACCAGCCACCCCGUUAGCUGUAAGAUUUGGACUUCCAGAUUCUAGACGCCAUGGCGAAAGUAUAUGUCUGUCUCCAUGUAACACAUUGGCAGCAGUAACAGAUGAUUUUGGCAGAGUUAUUUUAUUGGAUGUAGCCAGAGGAAUUGCAAUACGCAUGUGGAAAGGGUAUCGGGAUGCACAGAUUGGCUGGAUCCAGAUUGUAGAGGACCUCCACGAAAGACUACCAGAAAAGGUGGAUUUCUCCCCCUUUGGAAACACUCAGGGUCCGAGUCGAGUGGCUCAGUUCCUCGUGAUCUAUGCGCCAAGAAGGGGAAUCUUAGAAGUGUGGAGCACACAGCAGGGGCCUAGGGUAGGCGCCUUCAACGUGGGAAAGCACUGCAGGCUUCUGUAUCCUGGCUAUAAAAUAAUGGGCUUAAAUAAUGUUACCAGUCAGAGUUGGCAGCCACAGACUUACCAGAUCUGUCUUGUUGAUCCAGUGUCGGGAACUGUGAAAACAGUCAAUGUCCCUUUCCAUUUAGCACUGAGUGAUAAGAAGAGUGAACGAGCCAAGGACAUGCACUUAGUUAAGAAACUAGGAGCCUUACUGAAAACAAAAUCUCCCAGUCUUGAUUUGGUUGAAACAGAAAUAAAGGAAUUAAUUCUCGAUAUUAAGUACCCUGCAACCAAAAAACAAGCUUUGGAAAGCAUUUUGGCAAGUGAAUGCUUACCAUUUUCCUGCCUUAGAAACAUCACUCAGACUUUAAUGGACACUUUACAAAAUCAAGAGCUUGAGUCUGUUGAUGAAGGAUUGCUGCAGUUUUGUGCCAAUAAACUGAAAUUACUUCAUCUUUAUGAAUCUGUCAGUCAAUUAAAUUCCCUUGAUUUUCAUUCAGACACACCAUUCUCUGAUAAUGACUUGGCUGUGUUACUAAGGCUUGAUGAGAAAGAACUCCUUCGGCUCCAGGCAUUAUUAGAGAAAUAUAAACAAGAGAACAUCAGGACUGCUGUCCGAUUUUCUGAUGAUAAGGAUGGUGUGUUGCCUGUAAAAACAUUCCUGGAAUAUUUAGAAUAUGAGAAAGAUGCGCUCAACAUAAAGAAGAUAAGUGAAGAGGAGUAUGUGGCUUUGGGCAGUUUCUUUUUUUGGAAGUGUUUGCAUGGCGAGAGCUCCACUGAGGACAUGUGUCACACUUUGGAGUCGUCUGGACUUAGCCCUCAGCUGUUGUUGUCUCUGCUCCUGAGUGUUUGGCUAUCUAAGGAAAAAGAUAUUUUGGAUAAACCGCAGUCUGUCUGCUGUCUUCAUACAAUGCUGUCCCUCCUGAGCAAGAUGAAAGUGGCCAUCGAUGAGACCUGGGAUUCCCAGUCUGUGUCCCCUUGGUGGCAGCAGAUGCGCACAGCUUGCAUCCAGUCUGAGAACAACGGGGCUGCUCUCUUGUCCGCACACGUUGGGCAUUCCGUUGCCGCGCAGAUAUCCAACAACACGACAGAGAAAAAAUUUUCCCAAACAGCGCUGGGUCCUGAUUCGGAGGCCCUCACUGACUCCUGGGAGGCCCUUUCUCUCGACACUGAAUACUGGAAACUCCUGCUGAAACAACUGGAGGAUUGUCUCAUACUUCAGACUCUGCUUCAUAGCAGAGUGAACACGCGAACCUCCAGCGUGUCGUCACUGCAGGCUGAGCCACUCCCCAGGCUUUCUGUUAAAAAGUUAUUGGAAGGAGGGAAAGGUGGCAUUGCAGACACAGUAGCCAAGUGGAUAUUUAAACAGGAUUUCAGCCCUGAAGUAUUAAAACUGGCUAAUAAAGAAAGAGAUACAGCAAACCCAGAUGAACCCAAAGAAGGUAUUAACAGAGGUUUAUUUGAGGUGUCAGAGGUAGAGAUGGACUUGGGAGCCAUUCCAGACUUGCUGCAUUUGGCCUACAAGCAGUUUCCGUGCAGCCUGGAGCUGGACGUGCUGCACACACACUGCUGUUGGGAGUACGUUGUUCAGUGGAAUAAAGACCCAGAGGAAGCACGUUUUUUUGUUAGGUCAAUAGAACACUUGAAGCACAUUCUUAAUGCACAUGUUCAGAAUGGCAUUGCCCUGAUGAUGUGGAACACAUUCUUGGUUAAAAGGUUUUCCGCUGCUACAUACUUAAUGGAUAAGGUUGGAAAAUCACCAAAGGACAGGUUAUGCCGAAGGGACGUGGGGAUGAGUGACACAGCAAUGACGUCUUUCCUUGGCUCCUGCUUGGAUCUUCUUCAGACUUUAAUGGAGGCAGAUGUUAGCAGGGAUGAAAUGCAAGCGCCUGUCCUGGAUACUGAGGAUGCUUGGCUCACUGUCGAAGGACCAAUCUCGAUAGUGGAACUGGCCCUUGAACAGAAACACAUCCACUACCCGCUGGUGGAGCACCAUUCCAUCCUGUGCUCCAUCUUGUAUGCGGUGAUGAGGUUUUCUCUGAAGACUGUGAAGCCACUUUCACUUUUUGACAGUAAGGGGAAAAAUGCAUUUUUCAAAGACCUAACUUCACUUCAGUUAUUACCUAGUGGGGAAAUGGAUCCAAAUUUUAUUUCUGUACGACAACAGUUCUUAUUGAAAGUUGUUAGUGCAGCUGUGCAGGCUCAGCAUGCAGUUGCAAAGGACAAAGAUUCCUCAGAAGAGGCACCGACAGCUCCUUUUGGGAAAGACCAGGAUUGGCCAGUUCUAGCCGUGGAUUUGGCCCAUCACCUUCAAGUCAGUGAAGAUGCUGUUAGAAGGCAUUAUGUAGGGGAACUCUACAACUAUGGAGUCGACCACUUAGGAGAAGAGGCCAUUCUCCAGGUGCAGGACAAAGAGGUCCUUGCCUCUCAGCUGCUGGUGUUAACAGGGCAGAGGCUGGCUUACGCGAUACUCCACAGCCAGACCAAAGAAGGAAUGGAGCUGCUUGCCAGACUCCCACCCACUCUCUGUACUUGGCUGAAAGCCAUGGACCCCCAGGAUCUUCAAAACACAGAAGUGCCAAUUGCAACAACAGCUAAACUGGUACAUAAAGUAAUUGAGCUUUUACCGGAAAACCAUGGGCAGUAUAGUUUAGCCUUACACCUCAUUGAAGCUGUGGAAGCCAUAUCUAUUCCUUGUUUAUGACACUUACCUACUGAAAACAGUCAAACUGUGUGACUAUACUAUGAAUUAGUGCAUGGUUAUUUUACAUAGUAAGAUCUGGAAUUUUAUGGAGGGAGUAUGUCUUUUUUUUUUUUCUUUUGUAAAAUAAAUAAAAAUAUAUAUUACUUUUAAAAAGUGCAGUCCUGGCUAAAUUCCACUCGUUUGGUUAAUACUCAAAAUAUCAACAGAUAUCAAUUAUACUAUUAAUUACUAAUACAGAUGUUUUACUGU